AAUAAACCCUUUAAAGAUCCAAGUAAUUGUAUUCAAGCAACAAGAUCAGAAGAUGAGGCUUUCACUUCUCUGCAGCUCUCUUCUGCUCCUUUCCUUCCACCAUUUAGUUUUUCCCAUCUCCAGCAAUGGCAGCAGCCAGGUAGACAACCUUUACAAGUUGAUCAAAGCUCGGAAAUCCCAAAAUCCUCAUACUGACUUCUGGGAUGGAUUAGAUGAUGAUGAUGCCGGAAAUUUUUCGCCGGAGUGCGUUGGACUCCAAGACGGGUUGAUGCAAGCUGACAAGAUUGAGGCCUUGCCAGGACAACCAGGAGGAGUAGAUUUUGAUCAGUAUGCAGGCUAUGUAACGGUGGAUCCUAAAGCUGGGAGAGCACUGUUCUAUUACUUUGUGGAGUCCUCUCAAAACUCUGCAACAAAACCUCUCGUCCUAUGGUUAAAUGGAGGCCCAGGAUGCUCUUCUCUCGGAUAUGGAGCCAUGGAAGAACUGGGACCUUUCAGAGUCCAUAGAAAUGGGAACACACUUUACCAAAAUCCUUAUGCAUGGAACAAAGUGGCAAAUGUUAUCUUUCUGGAAUCCCCAGCUGGAGUUGGGUUUUCAUAUUCAAACACUUCCGCCGACUACAGCAAUGCCGGCGACAAAAGCACCGCAAAGGACUCCUACACUUUUCUUCUAAACUGGCUUGAGAGAUUUCCCCAGUAUAAGAACAGAGACUUCUUUAUAGCUGGAGAAAGCUAUGCUGGUCAUUACGUGCCUCAGCUUGCUUAUACCAUUCUCUCAAAGAAUAAGAUCACAAAUCAAACACUAAUCAACCUCAAAGGGAUUGCAAUUGGGAACGCUUGGAUAGAUGAUAACACAGGUACAUUGGGCAUAUAUGAUUAUUUCUGGACACAUGCUUUGAACUCCGACGACACCAAUGCCGGAAUUCACAGAUAUUGCGAUUUCGAUACUGGUGAUUUUUCCAGCAAGUGUGAGCAAUAUCAAAGCCUAGGAGACCAAGAGGUCGGUGGGCUCGAUAUAUAUAACAUAUAUGCUCCUUUAUGCAAUGGAUCUGCACCCAACUCCGGAUCAAGUGUCAAGAAUUUUGAUCCUUGCUCCGACCAAUAUGUCAAAACAUACCUAAAUCUUGCCAAGGUGCAAACAGCUCUUCAUGCAAAAACUACAAAAUGGGCAGCUUGCAGUUUCCUUGGAUGGAAGGACAGGCCGACCACAAUUCUACCCAUUAUCAAGCGGCUCAUAUCAAGUGGAGUUAGUUUAUUGAUAUACAGUGGGGACACAGAUGCACGAGUUCCAGUAACCUCCUCUAGGUAUGCAAUAAACAAACUAAAGCUAAGGGUCGACACCGACUGGCGCCCGUGGUAUUCUGGUGGUGAGGUUGGAGGAUAUGUUAUUGGGUACAAAGGAGUGACAUUCACUACCGUCAGGGGAGCUGGGCAUACAGUUCCAAGCUACCAACCAGGACGAGCACUAACCAUGAUCUCAUCUUUCCUUCAAGGGAAACUCCCUCCUCCCUCCUGAGAAAGCGGUCCUCCAAAAUACAGUAAUUGUCUUAUAGCACAAAUAUCCAUUUUUAUGUAACAUAAGCUAGCUAAAAGGGUCUCUGCAACACCCAUCAUUUCCUACCAGAGAAUAGAAUCUCAAAAUAAGAUACUAUUCAUAGAA